UUCCAACAGAGCACUGCAUCAUGGUAUAUGUGAUGGCCUUCUCUUGCGUGCCUGCGCAAAAAAUAAAGCCAUUUAGGACUCGAUGAAUUCCACUGGCUCCCGUCAUGAGGUCGGCAUGUCGGGCAAUCUUUUGCACGUGGGGCCCCGAGUACGGAUCACUGAUGUGAAACCCAGGACGGGGAUAGCUAGGCCGGCAUGGAUUCCCACGUCGAGUUAUAUAACACUACUGUAGACGCAUGACAGGAGUAAUUUCUGACUGGCCGGCACGAUACUUCGUGGAGCCACAAUAGAGACGACAAUGGGUUUCCUCGCGUUCGCACUGGGCUGUUUGGCGACGCUUCCUUUGGCGGCACCUUUCACUAUCCCGUCGCCCUCCUCGAUCAACAGUAGUAUCACUCUUCUCUAUUACGAUGAUGUCGAUGUGUACACUGCUUCAGAGCACAGGAGCGUUCUGCUUCUCUCGCCAAUGUCUCAGUCAGACGCAGUGACAGCGUGCGCCGGUCUGGCCGAAACUUUGCUGCCUAUCAAAGACGCCUUCUUUGCGACCGAGCUCGUGCCCUUGCUGCAAUACCAGCUGUACUGGGUUGAAUCUGCUGGAGAGACCUGCCAAGCUGUGGACAGCUUGGGGCUCGUGUCCACAGUUUCUUGCGACUCAAAACACCCGAUACUCUGCAGUCAAAGUGCAGCAUAUGGCGCCUCUGCCGCUGCUAACAACUCUAUCAUCGUAUACGCAGAUGACCUGACGGUCAUUGGAUACCGUGAUCAGCUCUCAUUCCGCUUUGAGGGCAUACCUUAUGCCGAUCAUCCGGAGCGAUUCACCUAUCCAACGGCAUAUACAGGGUCAAAGACGUUAAACGCAACGGCCUUUGGAUCGGAGUGCGUUCAGGCUGGAGUUCCUUCCGGCAGUGAGGACUGUCUCUUCCUCAACAUCUGGACUCCGUAUAUCCCACUUGACGGCUUGAAGCCCGUCAUGUUCUGGAUCCAUGGAGGGGCGUUCAUCGGUGGCACCGGAUCCGACCCGAUGUACGCGGGGAGCAACAUGGCAGCCCGCGGCGACGUCGUGCUCGUGACCAUCAUUUACCGUCUAUCCAUCCUCGAUUUCCUUGCUCUCGACGACGGGGUGACGAAUGGCAACUUUGGCAUCGCGGACCAGGUCGCAGCGCUCGAUAGGGUGAGGGAGUACAUCACCGCGUUCGGUGGCGACCCGGAUCGCAUCACCAUCUUUGGCCAAUCGGCAGGCGCAGCCUCUGUCCUCGCGCUGCUAGCAUCACCGCCUGCUAUUGGCAAGUAUGCAGCGGUAGUUUCGAUGAGCAACCUUGCUGGUUCCGAUUAUGCUACGAGGCAUUCUCUGUACUACACCAUCUCUGAGGAAGUGAGCGAAGUUGUGUAUGGGAUCCUGGAAGAGACCGGCUGCACUACCGACAAUGCAUUGGAGUCCCUCAGAGCCUAUGAUGCGUACGACCUCGUUAGUCUGAGCAACGUAGCUCGAUUCAUAGUAGUUGAGGGCACGUACGUCACGCACACUGAGCUGCCACUUAACGGAUCAGGGACCGUCGCUAAUGUCCAUGCGAUGAUGGGACAUAUGCGUGACGAUGGCGCAGCAUUUAUUGGUUAUCCGACCACCACCAAUUUGACAUCGGCUUUACUUGCGCAGGAUCUCCCGACCACCGUUGUGAAUGAUAUGCUCUUCGAGGUGCCGACUGGACCGAACGCGACGUACAAUAUUUUCAAUGUUACAGCACGCGUCGCAACAGACGUCGAGUUCCGCUGCCUCGAGCAAGCCACCGUGUGGUUCUAUCAGUUCAAUCGGAGUUAUCAGACGCCUGAAUUCGAACCAAACUAUCCCGUUUGCCACGCGCCAAUCACGGCCGAGUACCCAUAUGGCGAUCCGUCCAUGGAAUACUUUAAGUGUCACGCAGGUGAACUCUACUACGUCUUCGGGACCUUGCCGACUACAUUGCCAUACCGCGAUGACCAAGAUCUGCCGUUCAUGCAGCGGACGCUCGACAUCUGGACCACGUCCGCACGCACGUACAACCCGAACCCCGAUUCAGGCUACCUUACCGCGCGCUGUUACAACGGCACGCUGGCACGGCUCGCGGAGCAGAGCACCUGGGAGCCUGUCACGACGCAAACAUUGACAAGCGCGCCUCUGCGGACGCUGCAGUGGGACGGUUUCAUGGGUCCUUUUGCGGAGCAGGAGCAAUGCGACUUCCUCAGCUAUCCGUUGGACUAUUUCGGAUAAAGAGGAGGGACAGUCUUCAGAAGCCAUGAUAUGAGCAUGCGCGUGGAGUUAUUCGUGGUUCAGAAGACACGCUGAUUUCAUUGGUUGCAUCGAUUGGAUCGUGAAGCAUCGCGUGGUUGGUGUCAUCUUCGCUCGUGUGAGGGUUCCGCGGAGGCAUCUUUUCCUGUGCCGAGCGAUGAAUGCGGGCAAUGUCACUGCGGUGCCGACACUGAGCUCUCGAGCAGCUCCGCGAAGAGUCCCGGGACUU